AGGGCGGGGCCGCGGGGCAGGUCCCGGUUCUCUCUGACCGGUCCCAUUCUCUCUGCCCAGUCCCGGUUCUCUCUAACCGGUCCCGGUUCUCUCUGACCAGACCCGGGCAGAACAGGGCGGGGCCGCGUCCUGGUUCUCUCUGCCCGGUCCCAUUCUCUCUACCCAGUCCCGGUUCUCUCUGACCGGCGCCCCAGCCCCGUGAGCCGCGCUCGGUGUAGCCCAGCUCGGAGCGGCCCCUGCGGUUCAGACAGCUGUGCCCAGCUGCCCCAGGGAUGGAGUCCCUCCCUGAGGCAGUCCUGGUCCGGAUCCUGGCCUCCCUCCCCGCCGUGGAGCUGGUGCUGGUGUGCCGCCUGGUCUGCUGCCAGUGGAGGAACCUGGUGGAUGGAGCUGCCCUGUGGAUCCUGAAGUGUCAGCAGGAAGGCCUCACCAGAGCAGAGUCAGAUGUGGAGAACUGGCAAAGCUUCUACUUCCUCAGUAAGAAAAGGAGGAAUCUCAUCAAGAACCCAUGUGGCGAAGAAGGCUUGGAGCACUGGGGAGAGGUAGAGAACGGAGGUGAUGGCUGGAAAAUUGAAGAGCUCCCAGGGGACUUUGGAAAAGAAUUUCCUAGUGAAGAAGUCCAUAAAUACUUUGUCACAUCUUAUGAGUGGUGCCGAAAGGCUCAGGUGAUUGACCUUAGGGCUGAGGGCUACUGGGAAGAGCUGAUGGAUACAAGCCAGCCUAAAAUCAUGGUAAGAGACUGGUAUGCAGGACGUAGUGAUGCUGGCUGCCUCUAUGAGCUGUGUGUGAAGCUGCUCUCUGAGAAUGAGGAUGUGCUGGCUGAGUACAAAAGUGACACUGUCACCAUCCCAGAGGGAAAUGAUGGCAGCUGGACUGAGGUUUCCCUGAGCAUGAAGAUUUUUUUUAAGAGCUGAGAGUAGAGAAAGGAUGGUAUCAGAGCUCUGCUCCUUGCAAUCCUUGCAGAAGGUCCUGAAGUCAAGCAGUGAUAUUUCUACCUCACCACACAAAAUGCAGCUCCUCUUGUUAAUAUUGACACACCAAGCACUGCAAAAUGAAGCAGAUAAAAUCCUGAUCCAGAUAUGAGUAAUGACUUUGCAUUUUGCUUGAAAAUUAAACCUAAUCUUGUGUUGUCUGUGCUAUACAAGGAGGAAUAAUGAAACAGAUUAAGAUGAGAUCUUGCUCACUCUUGCUGAACAAAAGCCAAUUAAUUGUCAGCAGGAUUAUCGUGGAGCCUUUCUUCUCUCAGACAAAUACAAUCAGACAGGGUCUCUGUGCUGGUGCAGGAGAUUGGUUUAUUGGUAACUCUGCCUGGACAGAUGAAAACACCACAAAGACUCAGUUACCCACACAGACACUUGUUGGGGUCUCUAGCUGCUCAGAGUGACCCCAAGAAAAGUUCCAAAGUCUCUUUUCCCAGCCCGGCACUUGAAGGAGUCAGAGCUCUUCAUUUCUCGGUCUCAAGGUUGUUUAUUGUAUCUUAUCUGUAAAAUUCUUUCUCCUGCCCUGCUGAGGUCCAUCCAGCAGGACAGUUCCAGCACUCUGCCUGACUCCAGGGCAGUGUUAUGUGUUUAUACUAAAAACUACACAUGCAAUAUUUACAAUUAAUUCCCAGUACCUAUCAUCUAUGUUAGACAGUGAGCUCCUACUCUAAACCAAUCUGUCAGUGCCACCAUCACAGCAGAAGACAGAGGCCAAGAAGAAGGAGAAAGGCUGGACAUGCCCAGUUCCCUCCAUCUUGCCCCCUGAACCCCCAUACCAGAAACCCUAAAAUCUACUUUUCCACCCUGUGAUAACUGCACUAAUAUUCUCCUUAAACUGUUGUGGCUUGCAGAUCUUCAUCUAAGGUUGGUAAUUUGCUCCAUGGGUCAUGAUCAAACCCACAGGCAUCCUGGGCUCUGUGCCAGGGUCUCUGAGCCCCCUGGCAGGGGUCCUGGCCGUCCUGGACAGACAGAGGGAUGCUCUGGGUUCCCACAGGCAUUCCCUCCUUGCUUUUCCCCAGCCUCUCCUGCUGACUUGCACACAGGAGAUGCUUUGGAACCAGCACACAAACUUCCAACUCUACAACCUAAGCUUGCCUGCUCCAAGUCCCCUUCUCCUGUCUAACUCAGAUCCCUUCCCACCUGUACACCUCUCCUGACACAGAUCUGUCCAGUCUUUUUUCAAAGUUUUCUGUCUAGAAAGGCUUUACCCUUGCAAAUCCUUUGUCACACUCCUCCACCGUGCUGAGAUGUUUCCUCUCUCACCCAAAAUCCCCGCUGCAGUCUUUCUGCUAUUUGCCUGCUCCACAGCAGAACCAUCUUCCACCUGUCUGCCAUGAUGACAAGCAGAGAAGUAAUUCCUGCCUCCCCUCAUCUGCCAUUUUUCCAAUAUAAACCAGAAAUCUGUGAAAAGGCAAGGACUGUGGGAAAAGUUUCUAAUAUCACUGCUCUCCCAGAAAAACGAGGGAAGACUCAGCACAAGGAUUGAAAAGGCUUCAGCACUGCAAGGAGCAUCACUUGGGGGUCAUUAAUGCACAUUCACCACUGCAUGGGAGCCCUAAGACAUCAGUGGGGUGUGGGACACAAGGAAAGGUGCAGCAGGUGUGGCAUUUCACAAAAAUAGUUGGCAUGGAAAAACAAAUCCUGGUUUUAGCUGAGAAGAUUCAAAGUAGGAAGAGAAACCAACACCAGCACACCUGGAAAAAGGAGAACAACACUGCCCCACUCCUAUGGCAGAGUGAAGCUAAAACAUCAAAAAUCCCCUUUUUCUGACAGUGCUAAGAGCUCCACGCAGCUCAUUAGGGAAGGAGCCUGCAACAGCUAGAAUGAGAGUCAUGGAGAGAAUUUGUGAACAAUCUACUUGGAGAAAACACUUCCUACUUUCGCACCAGGUUAAAAUAAAAAAGUAAAAUUAAACCCCACCAAAGCCUGCAGCGCCAGCACUGACAGACAAAAAUGGCUUAACAGAAAAAACAUGGGCAGGGAAAGUGAUUUUCUUUGCCUGCAUUGCCAGGGGAAUUAAAUCUUGUUUUUUUUUCCCUGUCACCAGCAAGUGGAAUAAUCCAAUAUAUUAAAGUUAAUGUGCUUCUUGUAUUUAUUGCUGUGUAUUUGACCUAACAG